AUGUUCUCACUUAAACCCAUCACCAUAUCAAAACCCAAAGGCUACACCAUCUUUGCAUCUCUUAUUUCCCUGGGUGGUUUCCUCAAUGGCUAUGAUACCGGAUCCAUUGGUGCAAUCACCAGUAUGUCAUCUUUUACCUCGAAAAUUGGAGAUUUAUCACCCCUACUCCGUGGUUUCACAGUCUCAUUAAUCAUGAUGACUGGUGCUAUGCCCUCUAUUUUCGGUGGUAAACUGGCUGAGAGGAUCGGCCAUCUUUAUGUGGUUAUGGCUGGAUCGCUUGUUUUUGCAUUAGGAACGGGAAUGGAAGCUGGUGCAGAUGAAUUGGGGGUUUUGUUAGCAGGAAGAGCACUCGCUGGUUUAGGCGAGGGUUUGUGGUUGGGGUGUGUUAGUGUAUAUAUCACCGAGACAGCACCGUGUGCAUCACGAGGAACGCUCGUUUCGCUACCACAAUUCAUGUGCACAGCUGGUGUUUGCGCAGGAUAUUUUACUUGUUUUGGCUCUGCCCGCUUGGAGUCUUCGAUGUCGUGGCGAGCCCCGUUCAUUAUUCAGUCGUUACUUGCUGUUGUCCUCGCAGCCUUCUGUGCUUACUUGCCGGAUUCACCAAGAUGGCUUCUACAUAAGGGGAGAAGAGAAGAAGCAUUGCGGGCACUAGAAAGAUUGGGGAUUGAGAAAGAAGAAGCGGAGAAGGACAUUUUGGUUCCACUCCCAGUUGCUGUGGAUGUAAAGAAGGGAAUCAGGGGUUUCUUGAGAAUCUUCGAGAAAGAGUAUAGGAGCAGAACUUUCUUGGCAGUUUUCUUGUUGGGAGCGUUGCAAUUAAGUGGGAUUGAUGGGUACGCACCAACUCUCUUCGAAACUGCAGGUUUACCCGGAACAACGUCCACGUUUCUCGCUUCGGGGGUGAGUGCCAUACUUAUGGUCGCCAUCACCAUCCCAGCUACCCUUUACGUCGAUCAAUGGGGGCGUCGUACAUCCGGUCUAGUUGGCGGUAUCAUACUAUCCUCGUCGAUGUUCAUUAUCGGCGCACUAUAUCUUUCGGAUUCUGUCCAUUCCUAUGGGAUUGUACGCUGGGUCGUCGUGGUUUUAAUUUUUGUAUUUGCGCUGACGUAUUGUGCGACAUGGGCGGUCAUGGGAAAGAUUUAUGCUAGCGAGAUUCAACCCAUGAAGACUAGAAAUGAGGCAAAUAGUUUGGCUCAGGGGGUGAGCUUUUUCGCAAAUUGGUUGGUGGCGUUCUUGACACCGAUUUUCCUGGCUCAUUCUAGUUAUGGUGCUUAUUUCAUGUUUGGAGGCUUCUCAUUGCUGGCCGUUUUUGUAAUGGCUAUCUGGAUGCCAGAGACGCGAUUGAGGUCUCUAGAGGAUAUCCAAGCUGGGUUCCAAAGACUGACGACGAAGAGCGGCAGUGAUGAUGAGAAUGCUGGUGGAAAGAUGAAUGGUAAGAUGAGGUUGAGGAGGCUAUUGAAGGGACCGAUCUUGGUAGGAUUGGAGAUACAGACGGAAGGCGUGGUAUCGGGAAGCGGAAGUGAUGCUAGUGGUCUAGGGCCGAUGAGGAUUGAGUUGAGUAGUCACCGCGCGAUACGUCGCCCCCUCUCCUUCAUCAUCGACUUCGCAGCUCAACAAUAUGGCAUGCUAUCCUCCCCAAAUAUGAAAGAUAUCCACGAUGCGCAUCUUUCAUUCUGGUCUCCUCAACCAUACGCCAUUGCACUCUUCUUUUUCCCGCAACAGAUCUUCCAACUUGUAUGGUUAUAUCGAUUGUGGAAAUUGGAUCCGAAGAAAAGUAUCAAGGAGAAGGAGGAGGUAGAUAAGAUGAUGGAUUUCGUACCGUUUUAUUGCGUGGGGAAUUUGUGUAUUGCUUCCUGGAUGAUUUUCUGGAACUCCGCUUCCCUCAAAACCGCAAAUAUAUUCGUGCUGAUCAAUUCCCUCACUCAACUUUACUACAUAUUUGCUCGUCAACCAGCUAUGAACACACAAUCCACCUCUUCAAUCCUCACCCAUGUAGUUUCCAAAACUUUCGCCGGAAUCGGUGUUUUGGAUCUUCUGCACAAUGGCUCUGUAGCCUAUUUUGACCAUGAGGGUCCUUCAACCGCUGUUAAAAUCGUUACAGGAUUGGGAUUCGGUAUGUUGGCUAGUAAUAGUGAUUGGAUUUUCGGUGGAUGUUUAGUGUACGAUUUGGUAGCGUUGGCGGUUGGUCAGAGACAGAUUGGAGAGACGGGGUGGAGUAAUUUAUUGGGGGCUUAUGCUGUGGGUACGGCGGGCUUGGUGGGAUUGAGAAACUGGGCUAGGCCGCCUUAUGUUUCGAAGGUUGAUGGAUAUGAGUCUACACCGUCUGAUGACGAGGAUAAUAUUAUUGUUUAG